CAAUAAAAUUAAAAUAUGAGUUCUUCAAGCAGUGAAAGCGAACGCAUUUCGGAUACUGAAAACUCAAAUAUGGCAAAUGAAAAUUUACUUUCGAAUUCCGGCGAUGAGGAUACAAUUGUGGCUAAUUCAGUUGUAAAUCCUUACGAAAAUGAACCUCUUGCGAACGCAGUCGGAGAGAAUUUUGUGUCGGUCGAAGAAGACGCAGAUGGCUUAGAACCUCGAACAUUGGAAGCGAGGUUCGAAGGAACCGUUCAGUUAGAUAAGUGGUGUGCAUGUAGCUUGUGUCGUACUCAACUGCUGACAGAUGCCAUUGAAUACCGUUGUUGUCAAGAGGUUGGGCCUACUUUACAUAAACUGGUAUUCGAUGGUAGCAUUGAAAAAAUUAGCUGUGUUACUCUUCACGAAGAGUACACGAUUAUGACACAUGCUACAGUCUUGAAGAAUGUUGGCUCACUUCUAAGAGACCAAGAUGGAAGGUCAUACAAGCGUCGUGGAAUACAUGAAAAUGAAUACUUGAGAGCAGUUGCAUACCGUUUGGUCAUUUGAUGGCUAUGUGGAUGCCUUGGUUGGGAAAAUUCUAGACCAUUACCUGCAUGUAUCUACACAGACAUCCAAAAACGAUUUCCAUUACGAAAUCCCCUAGGCCAAGAACAUGCUGGCUACAAGUCAGCACAGGAAAGAAACUGAUAGAAAAUGCACUGGCCAUACCUAUUAUACAUGGUAGCAUGAACAACUUACAUGUGGGAAACAAUGGUGUUGAAGAUAGUUGUUUCCUAUCCAAAUGCCGUUGGAUUGCCUCAGUUU